ACCAAGUUGGAUCCAGGGUGUCGGUGCCGAUACCAGCUGUGUGUUUCCACUAUGCUUGGAGUUCCAUUCACAUUUGUCUCAUCGUAGCGCCAACUAUUCACACCGAAGAUGAUUUUUUCCAACCCAGGAAACACACUACGGACUCCCUUUCGCAAGCAGUCACCUGUCACCCUGCUGUCUCCGCCCAUGGCUCCGCCCAGUCCUGGUAGCAGCAGCAGCAGCAGCACCGCCGGCUGGGAGCAGCUGAGCAGGACUAACUUGUACAUCCGAGGACUGUCCCCGUCCACCAGCGACCGUGACCUCGCCCAUCUGUGCCAGCCGUAUGGCAAAAUUGUAUCGACAAAGGCGAUCCUGGACAAGGCGACUAACAAAUGCAAAGGGUAUGGCUUUGUGGACUUUGAUAGUCCGGCUGCAGCCCAGAAAGCUGUGACUGCCCUCAAGAGCAGCGGGGUUCAGGCUCAGAUGGCCAAGGUGAGACAACAAGAACAAGACCCGACCAACUUGUACAUCUCCAACCUGCCUCUGUCCAUGGAUGAGCAGGAACUGGAGAACAUGCUCAAGCACUUCGGCCAGGUCGUCUCCACUCGCGUCCUGAGGGACUCCAGUGGAGCCAGCAGAGGAGUCGGCUUUGCCAGGAUGGAGUCGACAGAAAAAUGCGACGCAGUCAUUUCUCACUUCAAUGGCAAGUUCAUGAAGACGCCCGCAGGUGUGCCAGCACCUUCUCAACCUUUGCUCUGCAAGUUUGCUGACGGCGGGCAGAAGAAGAGACAAAGCCAGAACAAAUUUCUCUCCAGCGGUCGAGGAUGGCUCAGAGAAGGAAGUGCCAGACUGGCUGGAAUGGCACUCACGUACAACCCCAGUGCAGCUGCCAUGCACAACGGGUUCUUCCCAGCAGCGUACAGCAUCUCCAACAGGAUCAUUGCUCACACCUCCAUGUCUCCAUACAUGUCUCCACUCUCUGCAUACCAGGUGCAGAACCCAUCAUGGAUGCCUCAUCAACAUUACCUCUUGCAGCAUCCUGCUGCAGUCAUGUCGCCCCCUAUGGACCCUCCCUUGUCACUGCAGCACACCUCCAUGAUGUCACCGCUCACGCAGCACAUGAGUCACAUGACUUUGGGCACCACUGGAGGGUUCAUGGCGGCCAACACGCCCCUGGCAGGCGCUUACCUGCCUGCGUACUCGCACGUGCACUCGGCGUGCCUACCUGGCCAGGAAAACGGCCUGUCGUCACAGGCGGACACACCUGGCAACCCUUCCCCGUAUCCAUAGCAACACGGCGUCAACAAGCACCGCAGCGAGGACCCUUCCACGUUUUGACUUUUUGUCAAAACCUUUUCAAAGCCUUUCAUCGGGUGUUGGAAAUGACUGCGUUUUGAAAAAAAAAAGUUUUUAUUUUCAUACAAGAAAUGUUUAUUUUUUACCAAAGAUUGUUGCCAAAUACAAGAAAGAAACACGCA